AUGUCCCCUCAAAUGACAAAUCUCUGGGGAGAGAACAUACACGUCGAUAAAAAAGCCAAAAUUACUGCAUGGGUGAAAUCUAUAGGUGGCGCCCUUGUCAUACUUUUAAGCAUCAUGAUAGUGUUGCUCUUGAGCAUCAUAGGCAUACAAGGAACAUUCCUCUUAUCACUGGGUGUAUCAGGAAUUAUAGGUGGCGUGCUAAUCCUCGUUGAUGGGGUGUUGGGUUUUACGCCAGUGAAAGUCGACUGCUGUAAGACAUUGCUACUUAUUGUGUUUUGCAUGGUUCUUAUUGGACUUCACGUCACAAGCUGUUAUUUCAAUUUUGUAGAUAACAGAAUGCACAUCCUGGACGAGUACAGGCCCCACUUUAUAUUUUUGAUCACUUUACAGAUUUUAAUAAUCUUCAUUGGGAUGGUGCUGUUCUGGACAUUCCUUAUAUCAUCAAGUAUAACAUUUCCAAACAUGUGUACAACUGCAGCUGGCGAUAAGGUUGAACAGUUAGAAAAUAUUCCAAGUGAUAAGGAAAACACUUCAAGUGAUAAGGAAAACACUUCAAGUGAUAAGAAAAACACUUCAAGUGAUAAGGAUAAAUACAACCAAACUGGAAUUAAUAUUGGAAAUAACACAAAUGACCCAACAUCUACAAAUCCAAUUUUUAGCAUCACUGUGGCAUCAACAGCAAACCAUCCAUUCUUGUGAUCUAAAUUGGAUAUUUGACCUUCUGUUUGCAGAACAUUCACACAAAAUAGAGUAUAAUUUUGUCAUUCUUCAUGCAGCCUGAACUUGUCAUUUGUAUUAGUACAAUGAAUGGAUGGAUGACUGACCCUACUCCAUCUAGACAUCAUGGGAUUCAUUCGCAAUCUUUGUUAUUUCAAAGGGACCUUUUGCACAAACACAAGAAUUCAAUUGGCAAACUUACAUUGUGAAACAAGGAAAUCAUGAAAAUGCCACAAGAAUGGUGAGGCAGAUUAUGAGGCAGGUGAGGCAAAAUGUCUCAAGAAAAUUUACAGAAAUUGAUUUAUUGAUACAUUUUUAAAGUGAAACUGAAUAUUCCAAUGGUAAUUUUAAUUACCACUUGACUUUAAUGGCACACCAAUUUAAAUUUGCCUAAUAAACUAAAUUUGCCUUUCCUAUUUUAAUUUGCAUCACCUACUCUUCCCGACAACACCUUUAAAACCAUAUGAAGAAUUCAACACUUACGGAAUGCAUCAGGUGAUCCAACUGCAGAGAAGACGUAUGCGAGGAAAUGUAGACGGACUUGAAUCUCAUCCCUGUGUGUGUAGAUGUAGUGAGACCUCUCUCUGUUCUGUAGCACCUCAACGUAAUAAACCAAAUCUUUAAAGAAAUACUGCAUCAUGUUCAGUUCCUUUUCAGCCCACCU